UAAAUUUUUGAAAACAAAUUAUAAACCCGGAUCAUUUUAUUUUCUCUCUUUCUCUCGUGGUCUCCGCCUCCUAGGGUUUCUUUCUCUCUCUCUCUAAAAUCUCUCGCUCUCAUUCUCCAGUCCUCUUCCCCACUCGCGCUCCCAUUCUCUGCCGAUGUUUCUCCAUUUUGCUCUAAUUUUACUGUAAUUUCAGCUUAAUGUGCUGGAAGUGGUGGAGAUGAUGUUCUUGAUGUUGUUUUGGUGGUGGUGGUGAUGUUCUGGAGAUUUGAUGGAGUAUGCUUGAAAUUGGGUGGGUGCAGAGUGAUGCUAGAGUAAUGGCAGUUAAGGUUUCAGCUGAGAAAGCUGCUGAAAUUGCAAUUGGGUCAAUUGGACGGGGGUAUGAUAUUUCGGAUGAUUUGCGGCUCAAGUAUUGUAAGGGAGAUUUGGUUGAUUCGCGGUUGAUUGAGAUUGAUGAGGAGUCAGUUCGUGAAAUUGUGUUGCCUGGUGGGAUUUCGAUUCCAAAUGCAUCCAAAUCAAUAAAGUGUGAUAAAGGGGAACGAACCCGGUUUCGGUCUGAUGUUCUUUCUUUCCAACAGAUGUCAGAGCAAUUCAACCAGGAGAUAUCCUUGACUGGUAAAAUUCCAUCAGGCCUCUUCAAUGCUAUGUUUGAAUUUUCAGGCUGUUGGCAGAAAGAUGCAGCUAAGACAAAAACUCUUGCUUUUGAUGGGGUAUUCAUCACACUCUACACUGUUGCACUAGAGAAAUCACAGAUGGUACUUCGUGAACAUGUUAAGAACGCUGUUCCAUCAUCAUGGGAUCCUGCUGCCUUGGCAAGGUUUAUUGAAACAUUUGGCACCCAUAUUAUAGUUGGUGUGAAGAUGGGCGGGAAGGAUGUAAUAUAUGUUAGACAGCAGCAUGCUUCACCUCUUCAACCUGCUGAUGUACAGAAAAGGGUAAAGGAGAUGGCAGAUAAGAGGUUUGUAGAUGCAAGUGGUCAAUAUGGCAUGAAUUCUGGACAUGUUUAUCAGGAUGACAAGUUUGAAAUCAGGGAGCAGCGGCUGAGGUUUGCAGAUACCAGUCCGUCAAGUUCUUAUUCACAUAAGGAUGAUAUUGUGAGCAUUUGCAAAAGGAGAGGUGGAAGCGAUAACAAGAACCUAUCCCAUAAUGAGUGGUUGCAAACUGUUCAGUCUGCACCUGAUGUGAUAUCAAUGUCCUUUAUCCCAAUUACCUCUUUGUUGAAUGGAGUCCAAGGGAGUGGAUUCUUGAGCCAUGCCAUAAAUCUCUAUUUACGAUAUAAACCACCCAUUGAAGAACUACGCCAGUUUUUGGAAUUUCAACUGCCAAGGCAGUGGGCACCAGUGUUCAGUGAACUUCCUCUUGGUCCACAAAGGAGGCAACAAAACAGUGCAUUUUUGCAGUUCAGCUUCAUGGGUCCCAAGCUUUAUGUGAAUACCAAUCCGGUUGAUGUGGGUAAGCGGCCAGUGACAGGCCUCAGGCUCUAUCUAGAAGGUAAAAGAAGCAACCGAUUAGCGAUCCACUUGCAGCACCUCUCUUCCCUCCCAAAAAUCUUCCAACUCGAAGAUGAUCCUAGUGCCAACUUCCGUCAUGAGACCUACGACCACAAGUACUACGAGAAAGUUCAAUGGAAGAACUUUUCACAUGUAUGCACUGCUCCUGUUCAGGCUGACGAUGACUUUUCUAUAGUAACUGGAGCCCAACUACAAGUUGGGGGUUACGGCUUUAAAAAGGUCCUCUUCCUACGACUCCGCUUCUCAACUGUUUCAGGAGCCAUGCUGGUAAAGGCUCCAGAGUGGGAUGGAUCACCGGGCUUGGCUCAGAAGUCUGGACUCAUAUCCACUCUAAUCAGCCAUCCCUUCACAACAGUUCAAAAGCCGCCUCCACGGCCUGCUGAUGUGAACAUAAACUCUGCCGUCUACCCAGGGGGCCCACCAGUGCCUGUCCAAGCACCGAGGCUUCUGAAGUUUGUCGAUGCAACAGAGAUGACAAGAGGACCACAGGAAACUCCUGGCUACUGGGUUGUUUCUGGAGCAAGACUUAUGCUCGAAAAGGGCAGGAUCUCACUCAAGGUUAAAUUUUCUUUACUAACUGUACUCUUAUCUGAUGAAGAAGCACCCGAGGAACCCUAGCAGAGUGUACUAUCUUCCCUUUUAAACGGCAAAUGAGUUUUACAUUGAGGCAUGGGUGACAAGCAUCGAAACUGAAAGCAACAUACGGGUGAAGGAGGAGCUUACAAGGUGGGGAAGAUGAGGGAGAGAGCUUGGAAGCGAGUCGGAAUUUGUUCUGUUGGUUGUGUCAACAGUUUUCAUUGUCCUUCAUCAGUGUUGGUGGUUGUGUUUGUAACCUUGUGUUUCCAUUGUAGAUUCUUCGCACUGCUGCCUGUGAUUGGGUUACAAGGUAUUUUUACACCUUUCUGCAUUUCUCCCCGGUUUACACAAUUGCAGUAAUCCCUGGACUCCCCGAAACUACGAUUCGUUGUAUCCAGCAGUCCUACCUCUAUCCAACCCAACAGGUAUGUAAAUUGGUCCAUGAUCACAGUGUUGUUUUGGGUUCAUUACUAAUAAGAUUGAUAGGAAAGCCUGCUCAUUUUUUUUCCUGGGAA